AAAUUGAAGAGUACUUCCAAAUAUAUUUAUCAAACAUUAUUUUUAAAUGGUGAAAACAGUGACAUUAAGAUUUGUGCUCUAGGGGAAGAGUGGAGUUUACACAAAAUAUAUUUAUGCCAAUCUGGCUACUUUUCUAGUAUGUUCAGUGGUUCUUGGAAAGAAUCCAGCAUGAAUAUUAUUGAAUUGGAGAUUCCUGACCAGAAUAUUGACAUAGAAGCACUGCAGGUGGCAUUUGGGUCACUGUAUCGAGAUGAUGUCUUAAUAAAACCUAGUCGAGUUAUUGCCAUUUUGGCAGCAGCUUGUAUGCUGCAAUUGGAUGGUUUAAUACAGCAGUGUGGGGAGACCAUGAAGGAAACAAUUAAUGUGAAAACUGUAUGCGGCUAUUACACGUCAGCAGGGACCUAUGGAUUAGAUUCUGUAAAGAAAAAAUGCCUUGAAUGGCUUCUAAACAAUUUGAUGACUCACCAGAAUGUUGAACUUUUUAAAGAACUCAGUAUAAAUGUCAUGAAACAACUCAUUGGUUCAUCUAACUUAUUUGUGAUGCAAGUGGAAAUGGAUGUAUACACAGCCCUUAAAAAGUGGAUGUUCCUUCAACUUGUGCCUUCUUGGAAUGGAUCUUUAAAACAGCUUUUGACUGAAACCGAUGUCUGGUUUUCUAAGAGGAGAAAAGAUUGUGAAGGUAUGGCCUUCCUUGAAACUGAGCAAGGAAAACCAUUUAUGUCAGUAUUCAGACAUUUACGGUUACAGUAUAUUAUCAGUGAUUUGGCCUCCGCAAGAAUUAUUGAACAAGAUUCUCUAGUACCUUCAGAAUGGCUGUCUUCUGUGUAUAAACAGCAGUGGCUUGCUAUGCUCCGGGCAGAACAGGACAGUGAGGUGGGGCCUCAAGAAAUCAAUAAAGAAGAACUGGAGGGAAAUAGCAUGAGGUGUGGUAGAAAGCUUGCCAAAGAUGGUGAAUACUGCUGGCGGUGGACAGGUUUUAACUUCGGCUUUGAUCUGCUUGUAACUUACACCAAUCGAUACAUCAUUUUCAAGCGCAAUACCCUGAAUCAGCCGUGCAGUGGGUCUGUCAGCUUACAGCCUCGAAGGAGCAUAGCAUUUAGAUUGCGUUUGGCCUCUUUUGAUAGCAGCGGGAAACUGAUAUGCAGCAGGACAACUGGCUACCAAAUCCUGACGCUCGAAAAGGACCAGGAACAAGUAGUGAUGAACUUGGACAGCAGGCUUCUGAUCUUCCCUUUAUAUAUUUGCUGUAACUUCCUAUAUAUAUCUCCAGAAAAAAAAGCUGAAAAUAAUCAUCAUCCGGAAAAUCCAGAAAACUGAGGAUCUCAUCAGUUGGAAACAGUAGCACUUUGAAAGCUUUUCUGGCCAGCUUUAAUUUAAUGGCCCUAAGGAUUUCACAUCUAAGGUGACUAACAAUGUCAAAGGCCUUAUGAACUGUACAGAUAAUACAGAAGACUCUUCUUAUCCUCAUUACAUUUCUAUGCAUCUAUGGAAAAACAUUUUAAAGCCAAGAAAAUAUCUGUCAAACCAUUUCUGUUAUAAAAAUGUCGACUCAUGCUUUUAAUUCAGCAUCAGUAGAAAAUUGCUGUAGGUAAAUCUCACAUUUCUCUGCGACCAAAUAUGAGUUUAAUUCUUAGCUUGAACUUUGAUCCUACCUAAUGUUGGUGAACCUCAGUUAUCCAGUCUGUAAGUUUUAUUUUUAUUUGGCUAAAAGAAUGCUAAACAAAUCAUUUGAAUGGCCAGUUAUAAAUGCUCUUUCAUUGGUGCGUUUAAAGCUUUUAAUUUUUUAGCUACUCUUUAUGAUUCCUCCUCCUAGUCAAAAAUGUUUUUAAUCAUUAAAUUUGUUUUCAUGGUUUUGAAGACUCAGCUGAAGAACGUUUUAUUUAACUUAAGCGUUUUCAUGCUGUUUUAUUUUGCUUUUUAUUUAGCUUUCCUAGGAUUUUAACAACAACAAAGUCAGCUUCAGACAUUCAAAUAAACUUGAAUAGGGGAGAAAAUCAUUUUGACUUUGAGGCUAUUGCUAGGCCUUACAUGGUCUUUUUGACAUUCUGUACAACUUUAUUAUUAGGUCAUAGAUUAUUUAUGUACCAAAUAUUACACUUUAAACAUUAUUAUAUUCUAUGAUCUUUAUAAUUAUUUAUGUUCAAAUUUUGGUUGGGAAUCUUAUUUCCUACUUAAGCUCAGGACUUUAUAACCUCUGAAUUGAGUGCCUUUGAGUUACACAUGCUGAUAGAAAUUUCGUAGUAAAUGUAAAUAAGGUUGGAGGAUAUCAUACAGAAGCUGACAAUAAAGCAUUAAUGUACAAAUAGAAUUAUUUUUGUCAAAAAUGAGAUGUACAUUUGUCAUGAUUUAUGUAUGUUGGCUUCUUGUGUUUACUGCUGUUUUGAAAAUAGCCAUGCUCAUCGUCUUCCCAGUCAGAGUGAGUACUUUUUGUGAUUAAUAUAUAUUUUUAGUAUGUUUAUGAAGUGGGAAUUACUUUUAUGUGUCUGUACAAAUAAUAAAUAUCCAUUUGGAAGAAGAAUAAAUGAGCUAUAUAAAAUGAACCAAAAAAAAAAAAAACAACUUAGUUGAAACCAGAAUUUUUUUCAAGUUGGAUUUUCUCCAAUUAGAUUUAACUUUUAGAAUUUAUUGCUAGUUUUUCUUUCCUAGUGAUAUGUCCAUAGAUUCAUAAAUCAUCACUCUUUUCAAAAUUCAUCUUCAUGGUGAAUUUGAAGGCAGCUUUUAAAGGCCUCCCCCAUAUUCACUCCUAGGACUGUAGUUUAAAUGUUUUUAAUACAAUAAUUUGCUGUAUCAAGAGGCUGCAUUUCUUGUUUUUGUAUUUGGCUAUAAUUAUAUCUCUUUUCCAUGAGAUGCUUUUGUUUUUUUCCCAUCUUAUAACAUCAGAGGUUCCUUACCUUUAUGUAUUAAAGAAUAUAAGUACCAAUCUUAAAUUGAAUUAUUUGAAUAACUGAAUUUUUACAUAUCUUGGAAGUAAAGAUAAAGUUUGAGUAAACUUGAUUAUUUCAUUUCACUCAUGUGAAUUAAUCACAUUGGAAUUACACACGCAUGGUUCCUGUCCAUUGGUUCUUUCCUGGCCAAAUUGCGUGUCAUUCACAAACAAAUGAAUUUACUUCUUCAGUCACAAGUAGGUUGUGUUCUCAUUUGAGAAAAUGGUCAUUGUCAGCUAGUACUUUACAUUGAUAGUAAAGAUCUGCUUUUGUUUUCUUACCAAAUACUUUAAUGUUUGCAUACUUUUCUUUUUAAUUGGAAUAUUUUCAAUAAAAUAUUUAAAGUGCAGC